AUGACUACAAGCUAUACAUUGCUUGCCUUCAAACAGCGUCUCCUCCCCCAGGAUGCACCGCCUCUGCAGGCUCAUUAUGUUACCCAUGGAAACCAAGUACAACAAGAAGACCGAGCAGAGCAGGACCAUGAAGUGAAAGCGGGAAAGCACAGCAUGGAACAGGGUGGGCACAGCAGGGAACAGGGUGCUGCUUGUUUUCCCAGGGCAAUAAUGGCAGUAAGAAGAGAACAAUGGUCAAAUCCACAUGAUAAACCCACAGAAGCAGAUUUAAACCAGAAAGGAAACAUGGCUAUACCUUCUUUUUCUAAUGUGCCUCUAGGUAUUUCAGUCCAGUUACAGACUGAUAACAGCUGGCUCCACAAGCACACCCCAGAGAUUCACAUAGCGGAAACCCACAAAAGUAUCAUUCCAACAACUGAAGAUUCUCUUACAAUGAGUGGCCAUGAAGAUUUGUGCUCCUCAUUAUCUGAAGGCCUAAGCGAACUGACCAUUCUGUGUGACAUGGAGUUCAGCUCAUAUUACAAGACUUUUUUUGAGGAACCACUGAAAACUUUACCUAGUAUUGGGCCCCCUACAAUCUUGGCAUACAAGCGAGAAUCUUCUGAAAAUGACAGACUUUUAGCAAUGAUGCAGAUCUUGAAUCAGCAGUCUGAAAAGGAGAAGUGUGAAUUCUGUGGACAACCUCUGCGGCCAUUUCCUUUAGAUUCUUCUGUAAAGAAGCCAUUUCAUAAUUCGCUCUUUUGCUGCACUCAGUAUAGAAGUGUUUUUGAGUUUCUGUUCAAUGAGCAAAAGGAAAAAGAAAGAAAAGAAAAGGUGGAACUCAUUUCAAUUGCUCCUCAUGCUUCUCAUGGUAAUGAAGCCGAAAGACAGCAAUCCAAGGAAAAAGCUGCAGAAAGACUUCGAGAGAGACGGAUCGCAAAAUCCUAUUCUCCCAUAGUUUCUGAACCUACCACCUUCCCUGAAUUUGGGAAACCAAUGAAAACCAUUUCUUACCAACUCUCAAAUGUCCCACUUGCUGAGGAAAACUGCACUGCUCUCCCUGAUGCUUCACCAUCAACAGAGGAACUGGAUGCAGAGCAACUGGAGGAUGAAUGCACAUCCUAUGAUUUUAUUUUAACAAGUGAACAGAUGGCCUCUCAGUUUGUAGAAAAAUUCUAUAGAACUGGACAGAGAUUCCUCAUCACUUUCCCAGAUGGAACGGCGCAAAUAUUCUACCCAUCAGGCAAUGUGGCUGUUGUAGCAAUAGCAACCAACAGAAAGGAUUCUGUCUACAUAAUUCAAGGAGACAAAGACGUCAAUGCAGACAUUUUAGCAGUGUUUGGUUCCAGUGGAAAAGCUACCUGUUAUCACCCAAAUGGAAAUGUGUGGCUAAGUUUAAAUCCCGUAGGAGGACAAUACUUCGACCACACAGGCAUGAGGUUAAGGAGAUGGAGAUGGAAGAGCACUGAUUUAAGUGAGCCUUAUGUUCCCUUCAAACCAGUGUUUAUAUCUUUAAACCAGCAGGUUGGCAUAAGGAUAUGUUCACAAGAACAAAUCUAUAUAUCAUUCUUGUCUAUGGGGAAGCAAGCAAAAAUCAACAUUUGGACAAGACACCAGACUAAAACACAGGUGGAUGGCUUGGAAGUAUAUACUCAGAUGAAAAGGGAAAUCCCAGAAGAAGAACUGAUUUUAUUUGCCACCAAGAUCAAAAUCCUCAGCCUGUUAAAUAAAUUGGAAGGAUAUGUGAACUUCCCUACGAAUGAACAGUGGGACAAGCUGAAAGCCCCUCCAUUCCUUGUAGCUCAGGCACAGAGGCUGGUGUUCCUAUGCAACACAUGCAGUGUCCGUAAGGAGGUACAGUCCUUAAUAAGAGCUCUCUUACUAAGCAGUCACAUGGAUCUGCCCAGUAUAAUGCCACUGGGCAUAAAUAACUUGGCAUGAAUAUGGAGCUCAUUGAGGUGCCAGCUUUCCCCUGCUCAUCAGAACACAAACACAAAGCUGUAAAGGUUAAUGGGGAAUUCCUAUAAAUAGCGAUGAAAUGCACCUAAUAAAGAGUUACAGUGGGUGUGUUACUA